AUGGCAGACGAAAAGGGCACCCACACCGUCGAAUCCGACUCGGACCGCGCAGAGGCCCUCAACAGGUUCCGCUCCGCGACGAGCAUCGCCAUGACGCCCGAGCUCUUCGAGAAGCUGUACCUGUCGCCGCAGAGCAAGGUCAAGGGCCAUCUGAGGGAUACCUUUGGAAACCCGACGCCAAUUGCUCUUGUUGGCUUCCUCAUGGCCCUCACGCCGUUGUCGUGCAACCUCAUGGGCUGGCGGGGAGCAAGCGGCGGCGGCGCGGCAACAAUUCCCGUGUACUUCUUCCAAGGCGGCAUCCUCAUGACUCUCGGCGGUCUCCUCGAAUGGGUCCUGGGCAACAGCUUCCCUGCCGUCGUGUUCUGCUCCUUUGGCACCUUCUGGCUAUCAUAUGGCGGCGUGUUGAAUCCUUCUUUUGCGGCCUUUUCUUCGUAUGCUGGCGUCGGGGAUGAUGCUACUGAGGGGCUUCAGACGACUGGGUUCAAUGCCAGUUUGGGGUUCUGGUUCCUGUUUAUGGGACUGCUGUCUCUCGUCUUCCUCAUUUGCUCGCUACGCACCAACGUCGCCUUCUUCAUCAUCUUUUUAACAUUGACCAUUGCCUUUGGUCUCUUGACGGGAGCGUAUUGGGCCAUGGCGGAAGAUUUCACGGGAAAUGCGCACUUUUCCCACAAGCUUAUCGUGGGCGCUGGGGCUUCAACCUUUGUAACGUGUUUGGCCGGGUGGUACAUUCUGCUCGCUAUUUCUCUUGCGAUUGUAGAGUUUCCCAUUCAGCUGCCGGUGGGAGACUUGAGCAACGUGAUUAAGGCGAGGUCAAUCAGAGAGAGAUGA